CCGAAGCGCGCACCCGUCAGCGGCGAAGAGGAGAGGACAGAAGGCGGCAGAAAGACAAAUAAAGCCCAAUUAACCGAUUUUCCCGAGACCUGCUCACAAAAUACAGCCAAGAUGUCAGAGGAGAAGCCAAAGGAGGGAGUUAAAACAGAGAACGACCACAUCAACCUCAAGGUUGCAGGGCAGGAUGGAUCGGUGGUCCAGUUUAAAAUCAAAAGACACACACCCCUCAGCAAACUAAUGAAGGCGUACUGUGAACGACAGGGUCUUGCAAUAAGGCAGAUCAGGUUCAGGUUUGAUGGCCAGCCUAUAAAUGAGACGGAUACACCUGCACAGCUGGAGAUGGAGGAUGAAGACACCAUAGAUGUAUUCCAGCAGCAGACAGGCGGGCACUGCUAGGCCCUCCCCACCUCAUUGAAGGCCACCCUCAGACCACGCUCACUACCACCUUCACUGUCCCUCCCCUCUCCUUCCCUCCUCUUCAGCCUAUUAUUAUUAUUAUUAUUGUAAUUAUUAUUAUUAUUGUUAUUAUUAUUAUUAUUAUUCUUUUUCCCUUUAAAGAUGUCUAUCAUGGUUUCCGUCAGGUGUGGGGGGGUUGGGGGGGCAGGAUGGGAGGGGCUUCUCAGCUGAUUAUAUACUGUCUCAGCAAGGACUGAACUUUUGCGAGCUUCUACAGUCUCUCUGCUGGCCGAUCAGGACAUCAUUUUCUCCCUGUGCCGCUGCAGGGCUCUGAUUGAACCACCAUUGCUUCUCAUUCACUCUCCAGUGAAAGCUUACAGUCAUGGCCAAAAGUUUUGAGAAUGACACAAAUAUUACAUUUUCACAGAGUCUGCUGCUUCAGGGUUUUUAGGUGUUUUUCUCAGA